CACAUGUUUCAGAUUUUGACUUUUCUCGGAUACUUCAGCUGGGGAUAUCGCUUUUAGGUUCCGGAUUACCAAACAAACAACCGAGAGGAGAGAAAGAUGCCAACCUCGACACCAUCCAGCAGGAAUCGAAAGAGGAGCUUCGUCCUCCUCUGGCUGCUGCUACCGGUCUUGGCCUCUACUGCCCUUUACCGACUCCAUACCUUCGACCCGGCUCCUCUUCCUCUCACCGCCCUCGCCGCCCCUCCGUUGAAGGCGCCGCUCCUCAACGCUCGCCUUCUGAGCGGCGCAGAGGUCGUGGGCUCGGGUCGGCUCGAUGGGCCCGAGGAGAUCGCCUACCACCCUGAAUCUGGCCUCAUCUACACGGGCUGCGUCGAUGGGUGGGUCAAACGAGUCAGGCUCAAUGACUCGGUGGUCGACGACUGGGUCAACACCGGCGGCAGGCCGCUCGGCAUAGCUUUCGGCCCCCAAGGCGAAGUCAUCGUCGCCGACGCUGACAAGGGGCUGCUGAACAUAAGCAAGGACGGGAGUCGGACGGAACUGGUGACGGAGGAGGCGGAAGGGGUGAGGUUCAAGCUGACGGAUGGGGUGGACGUAGGAGAGGACGGGGUGAUAUACUUCACGGACGCAUCGUACAGAUACAGUCUAAAGGAGUUCAUGAUGGACAUAUUGGAGGGGAAGCCGAACGGGCGGCUGCUCAGCCACGACCCUUCCACCAAAACAACCACCGUUCUCCUUAGGGACCUCUACUUCGCCAAUGGCAUCUCAUUGUCCCCCGACCAAACCCAUCUCAUCUUCUGCGAGACCCCCUUGAGAAGAUGCAGCAAGUAUCACAUCAGAGGGGAGAAGAGAGGGGAGGUGGAGAUAUUCGUGGAAGGUUUACCUGGUCUUCCUGAUAACAUUCGACACGAUAGAGAGGGCCAUUACUGGAUCGCUUUAGCUACUGCGUAUACAGCACAAUGGAAGGUGUUGUUCAGACACCCGACGCUGAGGAAAGUGGUGGCGAUUGCAACCAAGUAUGGGAUGGAACUCCAAGGGGCAAAGGGGGCAGGAGUUUUUCAGGUCGAUUUGGAAGGGAAGCCGAUUGCACAUUACUAUGAUCCUUCACUCUCCUUCAUAACCUCCGGUCUCAAAAUCGGAAACAACUUGUUCUGUGGAUCCAUCAGCUAUCCCCACAUUACUCGUUUGAAUCUCCUUCAAUUCCCUGCCCUCCCUUACCCAUGAAUAAGGAAAAGCUUUGUCUUUUCAAAGUUGUCAACUUUAUAUAUCCAUCAUGUAAUGAACUAAUGAUAUCAAUAAUGUAUUUAUUUAUAUAAUAAAUCUAAAUUGUCUC